CAAAAUAUUUCAGAUCUGAUUCUCUCUUACAAAAAGAACCAUCAAAGCUUCUUAAUUUUCAUCAACAUCUCUCUAGCAGCUAUAACAUAUUCUUAAUUUCUACUACCUCAAAAAACAUUCUUCCUUAGUUUUCUUUUCCUCUCCUCCUUACAUAUAUAUAAAAGGAAGAAAGAUGGGGCUGCGAGACAUUGAAGCUACACUGCCUCCUGGAUUUAGGUUCUACCCGAGCGACGAGGAGCUGGUCUGCCAUUAUCUCUACAAAAAGAUUGCUAAUGAGGAGUCUUUGAAGGGUACUUUGGUCGAAAUUGAUCUGCAUACGUGUGAGCCAUGGCAGCUUCCCGAGGUGGCAAAGCUUAAUGAGAACGAAUGGUACUUCUUCAACUUUCGAGAUAGAAAGUAUGCCACGGGGUUCAGGACCAACCGAGCAACGACGUCUGGCUACUGGAAAGCCACAGGGAAGGAUCGAACGGUGGUCGACCCAAGAACACAAGAGGUGGUGGGGAUGAGAAAGACUUUGGUGUUUUAUAUGAACCGAGCUCCCAAUGGAAUCAAAACCGAUUGGAUCAUGCACGAAUUUCGCCUGGAGACCCCACAUAUGCCUCCUAAGGAGGACUGGGUUUUGUGUAGAGUUUUUCACAAGAGCAAAGGAGAGAACAGUUCCAAACUCAGCCCUUCUUCCAUGAUGUUUGAGACCACGCCAAAUAUUGCUCCAUCUCCAAAUAAUCUGUCUACAUCUAACCAAACAGUGCCUUGUGGGUAUCAGCACAUCAUAGCCUCUUCAAACCCUCCACAUAGCCAAAGUCUUCUAAGCCUCUUCCAAUAUGCUCAGGAGAAGAGUAACAACAACAAUGACAACAAAAUCAACAAUCUCACCAGUGAAGUUAGCUCGAAAGAAGACGAGUUUGGGUUCUUGUGGGGAAUGAACUUGGAUGAACGGAGCAUGGAUAAUGAGGCUGUUUCGAACUGGGAAGAUAUAUAUGAGAGUUGACAUUGAUAACAGCAUGGUUAUUCUAUGAAAGAAAUUAUAUAUAUGCACUUGUUUACAUUAGGAGUGAAAUAGAAAAGAGGGAAAAACAUAUUUAACAUUAGUUGAUUUGUGAUAUGUAUAAUGUGCAUAAAUAUGUGGCUUUUGGGUUUCAAGAAAACAGGUCAUGUGUUCAUUAUUGGGUGGAAAAUCAUGUUGUGCCAGCUAGUGUUUGUUAGGGAUUAUGUAUUUUUUGUAUACGUACUACGUUGCCCAUUUGUACAAUUUAUAUAUAAAGCAUGUUUUUUAUU